AUGGCAGACAGGCAUGAGGCACUGGUUUUAGGACAUCAAGAAUCGUACGGUUGGCUCCGGGAGACUAUCCAAGAUCCAACCAAGUCUAAUGAAGUGAAGGAAAUAGCAAAGAUGUUUAGCCGCAUUAAUACAGGGUCCAUGGCUGCUGCCUCUCUGGGGACGUGGUUCCUUGUGUUGUUGUGGAGACAUAUUGUUUGUGAGAGACAAGGAAUUGGACUUAUUUCUGACCGUCAUCAGGGCAUCUUGCAAUGUGUCCAAACACAUGAUUGGUUACAACCACCAUCCACACACCAUAGGUUUUGCAUUCGGCAUUUGAAAAGCAACUUCAAUAAAAAGUUCCUCAACAGUGACCAUGAGAAGCUAAUGUGGUUGGCGGCUACAGAGCACCAGAAGAAGAAGUAUAAAAUGAGGAUAGAACAAAUCAAAACAAUGUCACCUCUAGCGUAUCUGUGGUUAAAAUCUCUUCCGAAGGAUAAAUGGACAUGGCAUAAGAACAACGGUCAUAGGUGGGGGGCUAUGACAACGAAUGUCUCCGAGUCUUACAACGGUUUAUUGAAGAAAGCUCAUGGAUUGCCCGACACGCUUAUGAACCGUUAUACAUUUAAAAAUCUUGUUGAUCGGUUUGUUGAGAGAAGCACCCUUGCUGAUUUGUUGAUUGCGGAUAAAAAGUUUUGGCCGCGCAUUGUUGAAAAGAAGUUUGAUGAAUACUGGGAGAGGUCCCUAAAGCAAACUGACAUGCAGCAAUACAAUGCAACUGAACUGGUGUUUGAGAUUCUGACAUUUGCACACGAAGGUAAGGGCGGAAAUAUCCAUAAAGUCUCUGCCGAAGGGAAAAAGUGUUCGUGUGGGAAGUGGAGAAACUACCAUAUGCCAUGUUCACAUGCAAUUAAAUUUUGUGAUAUCCGCGGAAUUCAACCAAAGGACUAUGUUAGCAAGUACUACAGUUGCAGGUUUUACAAGCAAACGUACAGUGAAAAUUUUUCACCGUUGGGUGAUGAGGCAUAUUGGCCACCUUCUCCCUUCAGUUUAAUUGCAAACACUGAAUACGAGCGAACUUCAAGAACGCGGACUACAACUAGAAGGAGGAAUGAAAUGGAUAUAGCUCCUGUUCGCAUGGCUAGAAAGUGUAGUACGUGCAAGCAAACAGGUCAUAACAAGAAUCGCUGCCCCGACAGAAAUCAGUAG